AUGACUACGUGCCGUCUGCUGUGCGCCCUGUUGGUGCUCGCCCUGUGCUGCUGCUUAUCCGUGUGCGUGACAGCGAAUGCUAAUUCUUCCAGUAACACAACUACAACCACGACAACGACAAAGGCGCCAACGACGACCACAACCACGACAACAAAGGCGCCAACGACGACCACAACCACGACAACAAAGGCACCAACUACGACUACAACCACGACAACAAAGGCACCAAAUACGACCACAACCACGACAACAAAGGCGCCAACGACGACUACAACCACGACGACAGAGGCGCCAACUAUUACGACGACAGAGGCGCCAACCACGAAGACCACCCACGCACCGUCACGUAUUCGCAAAAUUGACGGCAGCUUCGGCAACGCUGCGUGGGUGUGUGCUCCGCUUGUGCUUGCCGUAUCCGCGCUGGCGUACACCACUCUGGGCUGA